CAGUGGUCGAGGUUUGGGAUCAGAGGAACGAUUUGGUGCGAAAGACCAUCAAAUGUCAGGAGCCGGUGCUCAACGCCCAGAGAGCUAUGCUCUCAAUACUGGCCCAAAGGGCGCACAAUACGGACCUCUCGCUGGACAUCAAGAAAGCGUUGUUCAAGUCGUGGCUCAUGUCGACGAAGACUUCGCGCAAAUCGGGAAACAUUCAGAGGAGUUAUACGUUUUUGUUGGAAAUGAACAAAAUUAGGGGAUCUUUGAGUCUAACCUUCGGCGACAGCACUCACGAGUCGACCGUCAGUUCAUUGACUGAUUUGGAGAACUCGCAGGCGAUCCUCGAAACGGCCAAAAUCGAGUGGAAUAAGAGUAAAAUAGGUGCCAUACAGUACCUGAAAAACCAAAUCGAACAGAACUAUCAGUCGUCUGUUAACUACUGUUUCCAGAGAGCGGUGACUAAUCUCAACGAAAGCUUCUCGGCUGAAGAGCUCCUGGAGAUCAAGAACUCGAUGUCGUACGGGAGCUCAUCGAUACCCAGCUAUCUGUCGUCGUCGUCCACAACGACAGGCAGUGAUGUGUCGAUUCGGGACCAGACGGCCGACGAGGCGUUCGCCCGACUGCAGCUCCUGUACGCGAAAUACUGCGACCAAAACGGACUGUUAAACCAAAACAAUUUGGCGAUUCUCUACAAAAUCGUGACAAUCGCUGCCCCGAACUCCGAGGAAAGUCACUACAACCUCGGGAUGUAUUGCCACCGGAUUUACAAGAGUUUCGAGGACUCGAAACGGAACCACAGAUUGUUUUCGUUGGGAAAGACUGAGGAGAUUCUCGAGAUGAAGGGCCGGACAGUGCGCUCACUCAUAGAGUCGUUGAAAUAUGGCGUAAAACACGCGCACAAUUCACUGCCCCUACUGUUGAACAUAUGGCUGGAUUUGGGGACAGAGCUGGCGCACAGCAUCAAUCGCGGCAGAAGUAGCGUCUCAUCGUCUCAGCUCAACGAAGAGAUCCGCAAAACGAUUGAGAAAAUCAAUAACAAUCUCAACGACCUGUUGGCUAACGUUCCCCUCUACAUAUUCUUUAUAGUGUUCGCGCAG